UCCUGAUCCAAAUUUCCAAUAUUUUUCUGCGACUUGUCAAUGAAUUUUAUUUAUUUAUUUUCUUUGCGUGUUGAAGUCAAAAAAUGCGCAAUAUUACUUUUAGAUGAUUUUUUUUAUUAGGGUUCCUGGGAUUAUUUUAUUUCAUUGACCGUUUACUUCAAUUGGCUUUAUUUAUUUUUAUUUUUAUUUUUUAGUAUUGUUUUUGACUUUGGGAUUUUAAGGUUUUAAUGGAGGAAUUGUGUCUUUGUCUACAUAUCCAAUUUGUGCAAUUCAGAAUUGAAGAUGAGCAUGGCCAUGGCGAUCCGAUGGUCUCCCCUUCCUUACAGAACACACAACCGCCUCCAAAAUUCUUCUCUCCUAACCCCACCAAGUAUAUUAUUAUAAGAGAAACAAAAAAUAUUUAGUGUUGCAUGUUUCUGUUGACUCUUGAGGGAGAGAGAAACAGAAAAAAAACAGGUUUCUUUUUUCUUUUCUUUUCUUUUUUUUUUGGGUGGGGGGUUCAGACUUCAAAGUUUUCAUUCAAACAUGGCUUCAGGAUCUCUGUGUUCCACCGAGGCUCUGCUUCUGGAUCUUAAGUACCUUGACUCUCAUGAGUGGGUGAAAGUUGAGGGGAAUUCUGCUACUGUUGGUAUAACCGACCAUGCUCAGGAUCAUUUAGGUGAUGUUGUGUACAUUGAAUUACCAGAAGUGGGAGCUCCAGUAUCACAGGGCGACAGCUUUGGUGUCGUUGAAAGUGUCAAGGCUACUAAUGAUAUUAAUUCUCCCAUUUCAGGGAAAGUGGUUGAAGUAAACGAAGAGCUCAAUGACUCCCCUGGUCUGCCCAUAUGACAAAGGAUGGAUAAUUAAGGUUGAGGUGAGCGAUAGUGGUGAAUUGAAGAGCUUGAUGGAUGCAGAUAAGUACACCAAGUUCUGUGAAGAAGAUAAUAUUCACUGAGUGACUAUGGCCACGAAGAACUUUGAGCAAUUUUCAUGUAGGGGUUGUUCAUGGAUAAUCACGAUAAAUUACACAAUCCUUGAAGUGUGUGGUGCACAUAUCUUUCUUUCUAUUUUUAUCCAAACGUGUGCUUUCACGGUUCUUCUUUUGUUACCUAAGAGCUAUAAAUUUAGUGGAUUUCUUAAGCAAAUAAUCAUUCUGGGUUUUUAGUUUCAUCUAUUGGUGCUGU